GGGCCAGGUGCGCCUGCGCGAUCCUGUGAGCGUCAAGAUGGCGAUGGAGAUCCGGCUUCCUGUGGCCCGCCAGCGGCUCCCUGAGAGCCUGGACAGGGACACGCAAAAGCACUUGGUGGUUCCCGGGGACACGAUUACCACGGAUACCGGCUUCAUGCGGGGCCAUGGUACCUAUAUGGGAGAUGAGAAGCUUAUAGCAUCUGUGGCAGGCUCUGUGGAGAGAGUAAACAAGCUGAUUUGUGUGAAAGCUUUGAAAACAAGGUAUAAUGGUGAAGUGGGAGACAUUGUGGUGGGGAGAAUCACAGAGGUUCAGCAGAAGCGGUGGAAGGUAGAGACCAAUUCUAGGCUGGAUUCAGUCUUGCUUCUCUCAUCCAUGAAUCUUCCUGGAGGAGAGCUGAGAAGAAGAUCUGCAGAAGAUGAACUUGCAAUGAGGGACUUCUUACGGGAAGGGGAUCUUAUCAGUGCUGAAGUCCAGGCUGUAUUUUCUGAUGGUGCUGUGUCUCUACAUACCAGGAGUCUAAAGUAUGGAAAACUUGGGCAGGGAGUUCUUGUCCAGGUUUCCCCUUCUCUGGUGAAACGACAGAAGACCCAUUUCCAUGACUUGCCUUGUGGUGCCUCUGUGAUUUUGGGCAAUAAUGGCUUCAUCUGGAUCUACCCAACUCCUGAGCAGAGAGAAGAAGAAGUAGGGGGCUUUAUUGCCAAUCUAGAGCCAGUACCACUCUCUGAUCGGGAGGUGAUUUCUCGACUCCGAAAUUGUAUUGUCGCCCUGGUGGCUCAGAAGAUGAUGUUAUUUGACACUAGCCUUUUGUACUGCUAUGAAGCAUCUCUUUCCCAUCAGAUCAAGGACAUUUUAAAACCAGAGAUAAUGGAAGAAAUUGUAAUGGAAACUCGACAGAGACUUUUGGAACAGGAGGGAUAAGGAAAGGAAUCUGGAGAUGAAGAAUGCUAUAUAUUUUUGGCUGACGCAGUUUUUGGAUACAGCUUAGUUCUGUGUCUGGAUCUUAGUUGGAACAUGGCAAUUUUUUAGAUAGAAAUUUUGAUCAAUAAAUGCAAAGAAUACACUGUGAUGGACACCUAGCAUUAAGCUAAAUGAGGAGCCAAGAAAAGAAUCAUUUCAUCAACACUGACAGGCGUUCUUCUCUUACCUAUAACUGUUCUUUCUUUUUUAUCAGGGUGUUAAGAAAUGAGGGUGUUAAGAACAUAGGUGGAAAAUUGUGCCUUUGGACUCUUUAGUUGUAGUUUGAAUCCAAGCACUAGAUGGCAGUUUCAACUGAUUAAAAGUAUGUGAUGUUCCCUGCCAGACUGUGUUUCACUUCCUGGAAUAGUAAAGAGAAUCCUUUGUUUUCCACCCACCAUCAUUCAAACAUAACAAUGUAAAUAAACCCAGUGACCCAUGAAAUUGGCCCUAUAAAAGACAUAGCAACUCUGACCCCAAAUGUUACUUUUCAGGCUUG